AUGAAUACCUUGCGCUUGGCACCCCUAUACUGCGUCAUCAUCAUGUUAUUUGUGAUGGAACUCACCCCCAGCUGCGCUCAAUUGUUUUAUGAUUUCGAUGGUUUCGAUUAUGCCAAUAAUCCUUUGGACCGACAUUUGCCUGCUGGUUACUACUACGUAAAUGAUGGCCGUAUCGUCCCCGUAAGCAGCGACAUACGACGCAAGGAUUUUCUAUUAAGUGGCAGUGAUUACGUCUAUUACUCACCGGUCGUGCGCGUCAAACAUCAAAAGACAAAGAAGAAGUUAUUUGUGCCAAACUUAUUUGGUUAA